AAAAAUGAUGCCAAACAAGCCCUACAUUACCUAAACCGUUUGUGGCAAUUGACAUCACAAACUUGCAAAGCGUCAAAGAGCAGUGAAGUUGAACCCAGUAGAGGAAGAACAAUGGCGGCAUCAUCUCCUAAUCUCCCUCCAAUUCUCUCUCCUCUUCAACUCAAAACCCCUCUCAACCCUAAUUCUUGUUCAAUUCUAUCUCCAUUCUUCAAAAUCACCCCCAAAUUUACGCCCACGAAUUGCCGUCGCUCUUCUGUAAUCGUCUCUUCUUCCGGUUCAAAGGAUGCGAUAUCGAGUCAGGAGAAGCAAGAGCUCUUCGACCGCUACGGCCUUGACCCUAAUGACUUCAUUUCUGAGCCCGUUAAGAGAAGUAGGAGAAAGGAGCGUGAGCAGGGCGUGGGAAAAGGUAAAGGAAAACAGCUAGUGGUCAAGGAAGACCGAAAGCCGCCUCGUACCACUCAUAAAUUGCUGCAGGUGCUGGCUGGGAAGGCUAAAAGGAAGAAACUCUUAUCGCCUGUAGGCAUGGAUGUUCGUCCCAUGAUGGAGGUAGUUAAAGGUGCUGCAUUUGAUAUAUUGCAGGUGGCUGGUGGCUGCCCUGCAUCUUUAAGACCCGGUCGCUGGUUGGACCUGUAUAGUGGCACUGGUUCAGUUGGCAUUGAAGCUUUGAGUCGAGGUUGUUCUGAGGUGCAUUUUAUUGAGAUGGAUCCAUGGGUGGUUUCAAAUGUUCUGCAGCCAAAUCUACAAUGGACAGGGUUUCUUGAUUCAUCAGUUAUACAUACUGUCACUGUUGAAAAUUUCUUGGAACGAGCUCAGCAGUUUGUAGGCGGUGAUACAACUUUUGACUACAUUAGUGUAACACCUCCAUACAUGAAAGUGGAUUAUGGAAUACUUAUGAACCAAUUAUCAGAUUCCCCCUUGGUUGGAGAAGAUGCGUUUAUUGUGGUCGAAUAUCCUUUGGGAACAGACAUGCUGGAUUCUUGUGGAUGCCUUAUGAAGAUAGCUGAUCGUCGCUUUGGUAGAACACAUUUGGCAAUUUAUGGGCCAAAGUGGGCAAUGAAGAAGAAGAAGGGCUAAUCACCUAUCUGGGCAUUGUAAAGGAAUGAAUUCAAUUGAAAAAUGGGAGUGCCUGCAGGACCGUGCCGACCAAAUGUGUUUUGUGAAAUGUGCAUCGACUGAUUUCGUAUACGACAGGCUAAAAUGUACUGCUGAAGUUGAAGGCUGACAUAUCAAAACCAUUGUCACGGUCCAAUAAAACUUGAGUGGAGCUUUCCAAUUACUGUUCACUUUGUAGUUAAGGCAGCAGUUAUCUUGAAAUGGAAAAUUUACUUAAGUGUAAGGGUUUAAACCUUCUUACUACUUUAUUAUCUUUGUUGUUUCCUUCUUUACUUUCUAUUUAUUUUACUUUUUUUCAAGGGAGGAAAGAGGAGAGAGAGAGAGAGGGGGGGGGGGGGGGUUGUUGCUGUAAAAAAAUCUGUAGACGAGUUGGAUGUUAUUGUACUUUUUCUUAUGAAAUGAAUCAUCAUUGGAUCCAAUUUCCUUAA